AUGUUAUGGCUGCUAGACAAAGUUGAUUUAUUAAAAUCAUUAUUUUGUCGAGGUCUGCUAAUGGGAGUUCUUAUAGGUGGCUUAGUUUUGGCUAUCGUUAUAUCUCUAUGGUUAACAUCAAAAAUUUCAUCUCAAGACACCACCAUGCAAAUGAUAAAUACAACAACAGCAACAACUGCUACUACUGCAACGACAGCAACAACAGCGACAACAACAACAACAACGACAACAACUACAACUACAACUACAACUACAACAACUAUAACAACAACAACAACGACAACAACGGCAACAACUACAACAACAACUAUAACAACAACAACAACGACAACAACGACAACAACAACAAUGACAACAACAACAAUAACAACAACGACAACAACGACAACAACAACUACAACAACAACAAUGACGACGACAACAACAACUACGACAACAACAACAACAACGACAACGACAACCACAGCAACUACUACUACAACAACAACAAUAACAACAACUACAACUACAACAGCAACAACAACAACAACAAUAACGACAACGACAACGACAACAACGGCAACAACAACAACGACGACAAUAACAACAACGACAACGACAACAACUACAACAACGACAACAUCAACAACAACAACAUCAACAACAACAACGACAACAACAACAACAACGACAACAACAACAACAUCAACAACAACAACGACAACAACAACGACAACAACAAAAACAACAACAACAACAACAACACUUCCACCAUAUAAAUGCUGUUUAUUUGUAAUGUACAUCCAGAGUGUAUGA